CAACAAAAAUGGCUUCUACUUCUUCGUCUUCUUCUUCUACGAUUCUUCUUUCUUUCCUUCUUUUUAUAACUGUUUGCUUUUCAUUCUGUUCUGCAAGUAAAUAUGAUCAUCAAAAUAGCGAUCCCCAUCUCAGCUUUUCUUCGAGGGGUGCUAAAUUUCCGAAGCUCCAAGCCCAGAAACUGAUAACGGAGCUCAACUUGUUUCCUGACGACGACAUAAACGUGGCAGCGCACGCGUUUCGAAACCUGCAGCCAGAGAAGAAGAUCGUCGAAAAACGUUUCGAAUUGCCUGUUGCUGGGAAUUCUGGGGCUUCUGUUAAAGAGCUUGGUCACCAUGCUGGGUAUUAUCGCCUUCCUCAUUCCAAGGCCGCCAGGAUGUUCUACUUGUUCUUUGAAUCAAGGAACAGUAAGAAAGACCCAGUUGUGAUUUGGUUAACUGGAGGGCCAGGGUGUAGCAGUGAACUGGCUGUGUUUUAUGAAAAUGGUCCUUUCCAAAUUGCAAACAACUUGUCUCUUGUUUGGAAUGACUUUGGCUGGGACAAGGCAUCAAACCUCCUUUAUGUUGACCAACCUACAGGGACUGGUUUCAGCUAUACUUCUGAUGAGAAUGACAUUCGUCACGAUGAAGAAGGCGUGAGCAACGACUUGUACGACUUCUUGCAGGCAUUUUUCACUGAGCAUCCUCAAUAUGCUAAAAAUGACUUCUAUAUAACUGGAGAAUCAUAUGCUGGCCACUACAUCCCAGCAUUCGCCUCUCGGGUUCACCAAGGGAACAAAGCAAAGGAAGGAAUGCAUAUUAACUUCAAGGGAUUUGCCAUUGGAAAUGGCCUAACCAACCCUGAAAUCCAAUACAAGGCCUACACUGAUUAUGCGCUGGAUAUGAAGUUGAUUAAACAAGCAGAUUACGACGAGAUUAACAAAAUGCUUCCAGCAUGUGAACAGGCAAUUAAAAUUUGUGGUGCUGAUGGUGGAGAUGGAUGUGUAAAUUCAUAUCUUAUAUGUAACAACAUAUUCAACAGUAUCAUGGACGUUGUGGAUGACACAAAUUAUUACGAUGUUAGAAAGAAAUGUGAGGGGGACUUGUGCUAUGACUUCUCAAACAUGGAGAGAUUCCUGAACCUGAAAUCAGUUAGGGAUGCCCUUGGAGUUGGGGACAUAGACUUUGUUUCUUGCAGUUCUACCGUAUACGAGGCCAUGGUCGUGGAUUGGAUGAGAAAUCUUGAAGUGGGAAUUCCUGCUCUUCUUGAGGAUGGAAUUAAGGUGCUUAUCUAUGCUGGGGAGUACGAUCUAAUAUGCAAUUGGCUCGGAAAUUCAAGAUGGGUUCAUGCAAUGGAAUGGUCUGGCCAGAAAAACUUUGUGGCUUCGAGUACGAAACCGUUUGUGGUUGAUGGUACAGAAGCAGGAUUGCUAAAAAGCCAUGGGCCUCUUACUUUCCUAAGGGUCCAUGAUUCUGGUCACAUGGUUCCAAUGGAUCAACCUAAAGCCUCAUUGGAGAUGCUAAGGAGCUGGAUGCAAAGGAAACUAACCAAGACCGAGACUGAGGAAAGAAUAUCACCCAAGUGAUUGCCUCAACUAUGGCGGCACAUCUCUUUCUCCAUCUAAACAACCCUCUAAUUUCAGGAUUCCAGAAUGGCCUCUAAUCAAAGCAGGAUCAUUCUGUAUUUAUUUCCUAUCUUGUCAAGGAAUUUCCUAUAAAGUCACGGUUCACUGAUAUCAAUUUACACGUUUACGUCCAUGUUUAUUGUGAAUUUGUAAAGUUACUUUGCAAUAAAAAAAUCUACACAUGCUCAAGUUGUUAACAAACAUUUACC